UGUUAGAAAACUGGAACGUCCGCCAGCGGUACCCAGCACACGCUAACCGGGUUCCCUGCAGCGAACUUGCUCCCCCGAGUGCGAGCCCCCGUCUCCCAGACCACCCACCCAGCUCUUCGAGAUGCCUUUCACGCCCGCUGUCCAGCACGCCAAGUGCCCAAAGUGCGGCCGCUCGGUGUACGCCGCCGAGGAGAUGCUGGCUGCCGGCGAAAAGUGGCACAGGACCUGCUUCGUGUGCGGACUCUGCCGCAAGCGGCUGGACAGCACCAACGUCGGGGAGCACGCCGGAGAGCUGUUCUGCAAGCAGUGCUACGGCCGGAAGUUCGGACCCAAGGGCUACGGCUUCGGCGCCGGCGCCGGAUGCCUGACCAUGGACAAGGGCGAGCACCUCGGAAACACCGAGUGCGCCAUGAGCAACAAGCCGCACGAUCCCGUCUACGGCUGAGUGGACGGUGGUUGCGACCGAGCGACGGAACCCAGUGAUACACUUGUGGAGCUUUUUCUUUUGCUUUUGUUACUACAUUGUCACGCAUCUGACGACGAUCGACGGUGUGCACGAUGCACAAGGCUUCAAAGCUACAGCAUCCGAAGAACGGGACUCUCAAGAUAUUGCCUGUCAUUAAGCGAACAAGACAACAGAGAACUGCGUCAGGAAAUAAAAAUGUCGCCUUUUUUCCCUUCCUUUUUUCGGUUUCUGCCUGUGAAAGCAUCGAGCAUUUAGCAAAGCUGACACGUUGAUAAAUGAAGACACGCUGACGGCGUUGAUGAAUGCGGUGAAAAUUGUGUUAACGUGACCAUACACUAUCGAUACAGCACAACGAAAUCGUGUACUUAUCCAUGUACGUGACAUAGCAUUGUUAACAAUGAUCUCUUAUGUUCUUUUUUAUUUUAUUUUUUUUUCACUGAUUGUCCGUCCUGUAUUCCAGUACAUAUGUUGACGUCGACACGCAAUAAAAGUUGGUUGUUACUCAG